UUACUUUUAUUAUCUGUGCUAGCGUAACGGCUUGAAAGUUGAAGUAUGGAAAUAAAUUGUUUGUAAUUUUUAAAAUAAUAUUACGUAAAUAAAUUAAAUUAAUUCAGUGUAAAAGCGUAUGUAAAAAGUAAAACCAAUUUUCGUAAUCGUAAUAUUCCAAAUGGCUGCUGAGGACAGCUUGGUGGGUCAUAAAUCCUUAGAAGUAACAUCAUCGAGCCAUAAUCCGACUCAUGGAAAAUCAAAAAAAGAUAUCACAGACUAUUUUUUACCAAGGAAUAAAGACAAGAAAGAAAUGGUGUCAAAAACAAUUCAAGUAAGCUUGGGUGCUUGUAUGUCAGAAGAAAUGUGUUCUGAUUUGCCAUCAGAAAAAUACUGGAAUUUACUUGCCGAAAAGAAAAGAAUUGAGUUAGAAGAUGCUUUGCAAGAAAAUGAAAGGCUUCACAAAAUAAGAGAGUCAUUGCUCGAAAAGAAUGUUCACUACAGGCAGAUGCUCGAGGAGGCUAAUACAUUUAUAGAUGUCUUUAAGGAAGUGGUCCAGGAUACAGCAGAUGACACUGGUAUAGAUGUAGGUGAUAUCAAUGAUUCUACUGAGAAUUAAAGACUGAAUUUUGUACACAUAGUCUGUUAGUGUUUGUAUAAUUGUUAUUACUAAUAAUUUUUUUCUGUAAUUGCUUAUUUUUUUUAUUAAUGCUACAUGUACCUUUAAUGAAAUUAUGGUUUGCUAUAAAUAAAAACUAAUGUAUGAA